ACCAGAAAUUAGAAAAUACCGGAUGGGAAAUUGGGAAUGAAUGAAGAGUGGAAACUGGAGGCUGAGCCGAGUGAGUGAGUGGGUCAAUUUCCCCCUCACAUGACAUCCCUGCCCAACCCCAAGGCCAAAACCCUAAUAUUGCGUACACGCUGACAAUUGAGGAGCAAGCAAUUUAGCAGCAGCAUUCUCCCUGAGAAAGUGAGAUCUGAGUAGUAGGUGACAAGUUACCAAAGCCAACCAGAGCAGAGGUCCGAAGGUUCCAGUAGUGGAGUGGCAACCUUGGGAGCUGGGCUCUUGUGUUAUAUUUUUUAGGGAGGGAAAUAAGAUUUGGAGAUGGAAGGGAGUUCGGGUGGCGUAGGAGGAGGAGGAGCAGUAGCAGGAGUAGGAGCAGGAGGAGCAACGACAGUAGGAGGUGGAGCUGGAGGCGGAGGUAAUGACGUGGAGCUUCUGUGUAAGACGCUGCAGGUUGAGCACAAGCUCUUCUACUUCGAUCUCAAAGAGAACCCUCGCGGCCGCUAUCUCAAAAUUUCCGAGAAGACGUCAGCCACCAGGUCCACCAUCAUCGUUCCCUUCUCCGGUAUCUCCUGGUUCCUCGAUCUCUUCAAUUACUAUGUCAAUUCAGACGAUCAGGAUGUCUUCAGCAAGGAAUUGCAGCUAGACACCAAGGUCUUCUACUUUGACAUUGGCGAGAACCGCAGGGGCCGUUUCUUGAAGGUAUCCGAAGCUUCUGUUAGUAGAAAUCGCAGUACUAUCAUUGUUCCUGCAGGAAGCGCCCGGGAUGAAGGGUGGGCAGCAUUUAGAAACAUUUUGGCAGAGAUCAAUGAAGCAUCCAGACUUUUUAUACUGCCCAAUCAGCAAAGUUCUGAACCUUCAGAGCGUCUUGUUGGGCUUUCAGAUGAUGUAGGCGCUGGCUUCAUAUCUGGCCACAGUAGUCAAACUGCGCCAACUUCUGAACUGAAUGUUGACAGAUCUGCAGAGUUGCCUGCACAGGAUGAAAUUGGUAACAUGGGGGUAUCUAAAGUGAUCAGAGCUGAUCAAAAAAGGUUCUUCUUUGAUCUUGGGAGUAAUAACAGGGGCCAUUUCCUAAGAAUAUCCGAGGUUGCAGGUUCUGAUCGCUCCUCCAUAAUUCUCCCGCUGUCAGGGCUCAAGCAGUUCCAUGAAAUAGUAGGUCACUUUGUGGAGAUAACCAAAGACCGAAUUGAAGGAAUGACAGGUGCAAAUGUUCGGACUGUGGAUUCCCCCCAGAGGUAAAUGGUUCCCUGGGGUUUGGUGAUUAAACAAAUAAUACCAGUAUAUCAAGAUUGCGUUAGAGGUACAAGUAGGUGUUUGAUUAGGGGUGGGAUUCUCCUCACAGUUGUGUUCUGUUAUUUUCUUCUCUACCUCUAUUCUCUCAUUCAAGUCUGAAAUAAUCCGUUUUCUGAUUGCUCAACCUAGAAUUCGGAGAGGAUUUCCAUGCUUAAUUUAAACAGGCAAUAACAGAAAAAAAACAGACCAGAUACUUGUUGUAACUUGAGUUUUAUAGUGUAUCAACCUUCCAACUUAAUAAUGACCAUUCCAGCUGUGCUUUGUUUUAUUCAGUAGCACAAAUGUA